CACCGGUUUGCCGGAAGUCUCCUGAGGGCGCCGGCUUGGUCCCGGCUUUGUGGUGGAGGCUGGGGUCCGAUCCGACCUCCUGAAGGAACCACGGCUCCUGCAGUUUUGGAUGCUGCCUGUUGUACCAGGGGCACACCACUUGCGAAGCGGAUCUGCCACCUUAAGUCUCCGUGGAUGUUUGGAAAGAGGAAUGCCCGAGCCACCAGCUGAGAAAGCAUACAACCAACAGAAAUAUGUAGGCGGGAGACUGUGAAUUACUUCAUGAGUGCGAAUUGCUGCUUUUCGUUCCUUGUCAUAUCAUGAACAAUUUCUAGUUUGAUUAUCUCAAGUUUCAAUCCCGGUCCAGAAUCCUGUCUGCCAAGAGCCAAAGUAACCACUUCCAGUUUCUUAACACAGCCACCAUGAUGGACUUCCUGAUUCUCUUCUUGUUCUACUUGGUGUUCAUGCUGGUUAGUGUUGUUAUGGUCUGCAUUUGCUCCAAAACCCACCGUUUGAAAGGUCUGGUCCAGGGAGGAGCACAGAUAUGUUCCUGUAUAAUUCCAGAAUGCAUUCAGAGAGCCGUGAGAAAAUUGCUUCAUUACCUCUUCCAUACACGCAACCAUGCCUUCAUUAUCCUGCACCUGGUCUUGCAAGGGACAGUUUAUACUGAAUAUACCUGGGAAAUAUUUGGCUACUGUCAAGAGCUGGAAUUCUCUCUGUAUUACCUUCUUCUGCCGUAUCUGUUGCUAAUUAUAUGCCUGAUUUUCUUCACCCUAACUUGUUUAACCAAUCCUGGCACCAUAACAAAAGAAAAUGAAUUAUUAUUUCUUCAAGUUUAUGAAUUUGAUGAAGUUAUGUUUCCAAAGAAUGCAAGGUGUUCUACUUGUGACUUAAGGAAACCAGCUCGAUCCAAGCACUGCAGUGUGUGUAAUUGGUGUGUGCACCGUUUUGACCAUCACUGUGUUUGGGUGAACACCUGCAUCGGGGCCUGGAAUACCAGGUACUUCCUCAUCUACCUUUUGACGUUGACUGCGUCAGCUGCCAUCAUGGCCAUUAUAAGCACCAUGUUUCUGGUCUGCCUGGUGACAAUGUCAGACCUCUACCAGGAAACUUACAUCGAUGACCUUGGACAUUCCCAGGCUGUGGACACAGCCUUUCUUAUUCAGAACUUUUUAAAGUUCUCUAUCCUGCUUAUUAGAAAAGUAACUUACAUGAAUUUGAGUAAUCCAAAAGCUAUUUUCAAAAUGAAAAGUGAGAGUUAUCCAUUCCCCCAGUCCCAGUUGCACUUCCCAGAGGCAAACACUUUGAAAAUUGUACCUGUUCCUGACAUUUCCAAGGAUUGUCUUCUUGCUCGGCUUUGUUACGGUGCUGAGCUUCCUCCUGGGGGGCUACCUGUGCUUUGCUCUGUACCUGGCAGCCACCAACCAGACCACAAAUGAGUGGUACAAAGGUGACUGGGCCUGGUGCCAACUCUGUCCUGUGGUGGUCCGGCCCCCAUCAGCAGAGCCUCAAAUCUACCAGAACAUUCAUUCCCACGGG